UUGAGUUGGAUUGAGGUGAAAUGGAGGAAAGGUAUGAGCCACUGAAAGAACUUGGUUCUGGGAAUUUUGGAGUGGCAAGGCUAGUGAGGGACAAGAAGAUUAAAGAACUUGUUGCUGUCAAAUACAUUGAAAGAGGGAAGAAGAUUGACGAGAAUGUGCAGAGGGAGAUCAUAAAUCACAGAUCAUUGAGGCAUCCUAACAUUAUCCGAUUUAAAGAGGUAUUGUUAACUCCUACACAUUUAGCAAUUGUGAUGGAAUAUGCAGCAGGGGGAGAACUUUUUGCUAGAAUAUGCAGUGCUGGAAGAUUUAGUGAAGAUGAGGCUCGCUUCUUCUUCCAACAACUAAUAUCUGGAGUCAGCUACUGUCAUUCAAUGGAAAUCUGUCACAGGGAUUUGAAACUGGAAAACACACUCCUUGAUGGAAGCCCAACACCACGUCUUAAAAUAUGUGAUUUUGGCUAUUCUAAGUCCGGGUUAUUACAUUCACAACCCAAGUCAACAGUAGGAACACCUGCUUACAUUGCUCCAGAGGUCCUGUCACGGAAGGAAUAUGAUGGGAAGGUUGCCGAUGUGUGGUCAUGUGGGGUGACACUGUAUGUGAUGUUAGUAGGAGCAUACCCUUUUGAGGAUCCUGAAGAUCCUAGAAAUUUCCGUAAAACUAUCCAGAGAAUAAUGAGCGUCCAGUAUUCCAUACCCGAUUAUAUACGAAUAUCUGCAGAUUGCAUGAACCUUCUUUCUCGAAUAUUUGUUGCGAAUCCAUCAAAGAGGAUCACUAUUCCAGAGAUAAAGAAACACCCCUGGUUUCUAAAGAAUUUGCCGAAAAACUUGAUGGAUGGCGAGAAUGCGAAUUAUGGAGUGUCUUCUGAUCAGCAACAGCAAAGAGUCGAAGACAUAAUGCGGAUCAUACAAGAAUCAAGGAUCCCUGGAGAAGGGUCAAAACCCGGGCAAGCACCUGCAGGGGCAACAGCAGACCCCGAUGACAUGGAAGGUGACUUGGAAUCUGAAAUUGACAUCAGUGGUGAUUUUGUCGAUCAUAUCUGAGGUCGCCAUUGUGAACUAGACUGAAAAAAGUUGUAGCAUGCAACUUUGACUUGCUUAUAUGUAAUGUAAGAAGACUAUAUGCUUUUGAUUAUGCACAGAAAUAUGAGUUUCAGGUAUGCUCAACUGUAUGAAAUGUAUUAGCCAGCAACUAGAGUUAUGUGUUUACUGUUCUGUUAACAAUGGACAUGUCAGGUUAUUUAUACUAGUAUCUUUCUUGAUUCA